AUGGACCGAGACCGUCGCUCCGUUUACGCCGAAACUGACUUCAGGUCAUACACUGGCAGUGGCAACAAUUAUUUCCUCUUGGAUGGUCAGGAUGAAGAGGAGAAUCCUCAGAUGCCAGAACUGCGACUGUCGCGGCGGGAAUUUCGGAUGAGGCACAGGAAAUCGACAGCUGGUUCGCGGGGACUCAACAAGAGUGUCUCGGAGCCUACAAUGAGGGCGUGGAUUGCUGGUUUUCUGCUUUUGUCCUUGGCAUUAUCCAUAUCUGUGGCUAGCCUUAAUAGAAGCGAGGAAAAGCAGCAGAAGCAACAGCAAAACACUUUGCCCGCUCACGAACCGGAUGUCCGAGUCCCCUCAAGCCCCUCAUACAGUGCAUCAGCAGCUUACGGUGCUGGAGGAGAUGCAGAGUUGAAGCAAGAGAAACUGCCUAUGACACGGAACCUCCACCGCACCUUCCUGUCUCUCAGCCUCACAGAGGACAACGGGCUGCUGCGAACCCUACAGGGCCCCGAAUGGGGACCAGCAAAGGAAGCGCUGCUGCGUUCAGUGGACUUAGUGCUGGAGUGUCAGCCGGAUGAGUUUGAAGAUACAGACAGUAAAGUGGAGACUAUGCGGCUGAUGCUUGCGAUGGACUUGGCGUGUCUUGAAAACGCAGCGGUGGAGACCAAGCUGGCUGUAGACAAUGCGAGGGCCAGUCAGUCGGAUAAUCACAGCGAAGACAUAGCUGCAAAAAUAAAAGCGAACAUCGACGCGAGGAGAAAACAGUCUAGAGCAGCCGAGCUGUGGGAGGUAGAGGUGCUGAAAGGCAAGCUGGGAUCCGAUCCCGAACUCAAAGCAGCGCUUGUCAAGUUGUUGCUGGCCGUCCGCAGCAGAGCAGCAUCAAGUGAGUACCUCAGUGCUACUGUUGGCACUGUGAUGCUGCAGAGCGACCCGAGCCCCCACAGCAAGGCUGAGGAGAACAGGGCUUAUGAAGAAACUACUCAAACAAUCGAAACUGCAUCGUGCCGAUCAUUUUCUGUCAACUGCAAGGAGAGCCAAGCUGGCAACGGCUGGUAA